GAGCAGAAGUGAAGGCACGUGGACUAAGGACAAGCCGUUCUUCACCGCGCUGCUGGUUCUGAAGCUGGAGGGCUGUCCACACCGCCGCAUCGAUUUGGUAUUGUCCCGUGCGGAAUGUUGGGCACAUGUGCUCUUGAAUUGGAGCGGUUCGACCCUUUUCCUGCGCAGUCUCAGCGAGUACGCAAAAAAGCACAGCACGCCUGCGUACAUCAAUGGGAAGUUGGGACUCGAGGUAGUUGGCAAGAGGGAUAGGGACGGUAAACCUGUGUUGCUCAUCUGCAAAUCCGAAGAGGAUAUUUUUGAGAAUCUUGGCCUGGAGUACAUACCCCCGGAGGAGCGUAAUAGCUGAAGCUGGAUACGCGUGCAGGAAACGCUCUCUAUCUCAAUAAAGGUUGCGCCUUUUCAACCCCCGAAUAUCAUACGCUUCUUAUAUUUAAUCAUAGCAGUUGCC